UUAAAACAGAGAAAGGCGCACGUACUCUCCUCUCUUCAGUUUUGAGAACUCGCCGAGAGAGAAGGGUAGAAGGAGAAGGACGCCAUGGAAAGGCUUCUGCAACCUUCGUCUUCUUCUUCCUCAAUCUCUUAUAUUUCCAAAUUCUUUACAAAGACUUCUCCUUUCCUUCCUCGUCUCCGCUCAUCGACUCUGGGCUUUGUCUCCUCAUCUCAUCAUCACCGUCGGCCCGAGUCGUCACGCCGACUCAGCUCAAUCUCUUGCAACGCUUUCCAAAACCCAUCAGCGUUUACGCCUCUUGUAUCUAAUAAGACUAACAAUUCCUUCAAUGGGUCUCCCAAAUCGGAAGAAUCCAAACCUAAUCCCGGAGUUCUUCAACGGAUCGCGACGACGGCUUCUGAGCAGCGAAAGACAUUAUCUACUGGAACGGUCAUACUAAUCUCUGCAGUAGCUGCGCUUUUGCUUAACCCGCUUCUUGCACCACCUGCUUUCGCUAGCUUCCAGACCGCAGCUAAAACUGGUUGGCUAACCAGUGCAUGGACAGGUUUCCUUGCUGGCUGCUUGCACACGCUAUCAGGACCUGAUCACCUUGCUGCUUUAGCUCCGCUUUCAAUCGGACGCAGCAAAAUGGAAAGUGCUGCUGUUGGAGCUCUUUGGGGAUGUGGGCACGACGCUGGUCAAGUCAUCUUUGGUUUACUGUUUCUGUUACUUAAAGACCGGCUUCACAUUGAAGUAUUACAAACUUGGGGUACAAGAAUUGUGGGAUUGACACUUGUCAUCAUUGGUGCUAUGGGAAUCAAAGAAGCUUCCGAGAUUCCAGAACCUUGUGUUGCCUUGGAAACCGACAUCAGCAUGGUAUCAACAGAGAAAGAGGGCUUACCAACGCCCAAAAAGAAGAAGAUCGGGUUCGCUACAUUUGCAACUGGAGUGGUUCACGGGUUACAACCGGAUGCUCUGAUGAUUGUUUUGCCUGCAUUGGCUCUGCCAUCUCGGUUAGCUGGGUCUGCGUUUCUGAUAAUGUUUCUGGUUGGAACGGUUAUCGCUAUGGGAAGUUACACAGCGUUUAUUGGGUCUUGUAGUGAGGCAUUGAAAGAGAAGGUUCCAAGGAUCACAGAGAAACUAACUUGGGCUUCAUCUCUUGUGGCUAUAGCUCUUGGAUUGGGAAUUGUCAUCAGCCCUUUCUUUGGAUUUAGCCUCUACUGAGAAAGUAAAAGCUUCUUCUUCAGGUAAAUGAGAGAAGUUGAUAUCCUUUUAGCUCUAUAGAAGAAAAGAGUCUUUUUUUUUUUUUUUGGUUCAUUCAAUUUACUGGUGCUUGUACGAACACAAUCUCGUAAUCUUGCUUCUGAAACUCCCUCUACACGAAAACCAUUUUUUCUUUACCCUUAUUUUUAAGAGAAGUUUGGUUCUAGUUCUGAAUUAUUGAACAGCUUGCAUGUAACCAUAAUUUAUAAUAUGAAUGUAUUCUUGCUGACA